UUUCCCGCCAUUGCGAUCGGCCGCUGCUCUGGAAAAGUUGCAACGGCCGUGUCCCCCUCCCCCCACCCACCUACUAACUUCUCUUCAACAUGCCGUGUGUGGAUGACUGGGUGAACGACCCUCUGAGCGCCGUGCAGGGUAUUUUCAUUCAAAAUGGUGCCAGUGGUGAAUGGGAGAAGAAAGUGAUUGAAUAUUUCAGAGAGAAGCUAAAGGAGACGACUGCAUCAAGUUGGGUGCCAUCCUUGAAUGAUGUUCCGCUGCAUUAUUUAAAGCCAAAUAGUUUGGUGAAAUUCCGCUGUAUGAUCCAGGAUAUGUUUGAUCCAGAGUUUUACAUGGGAAUUUAUGAAACUGUGGAGACAUCUGCCAAAUCUAAAGUUCUACGCUUUGGAAAAUACAAAGAUGUUGCUGAAUGUGGGCUCCAACAAGAGGUUGCCUUAAACUCUGCCAAAUGUGUCACUCUGGAGAGGCAGACAUUUUACUGUAUUCCAGUGCCUGGAGAGUCAGAGUGGGUCAAAGAAGCCUAUGCCAGUGCCAGCCAGGCACGUGGCAACCCUUCUACAUCCUAUACUCCAAGCCGACACAAGAGGAGUUAUGAGGAGGAUGAAGACAUGGAAAUGCAUCCACCCAAACUAAAAGAGCAGUGUGCGGCUGGCUGCAGUGGUUCACAAGCAUGUGGAGAUGCUAAACGCCUUGAGAAGGAAGCACCAGGUGGACACCAGAGUUCACCUAACUGCACAACCUCAAUUGACCUCAAUUUCCCAUUACCAGGAGAGAAAGGGCCUGCAUGUCUUGUGAAGGUCUAUGAGGACUGGGAUAGUUUCAAAGUGAAUGAUAUGCUGGAGGUUUAUGGGAUUUUAUCAGUCGAUCCAGCACUUGGUGUAAUAAAUGAUGAGAGCACAAAAGAUGGUUCAUCGAUCCUGAAUCCAACUGAAUGUAUGGACACCAUGGAAGAGCAGCGUGUUCACAGUCCUCCACCUUCAUUGGUUCCAAGGCUUCAUGCCAUCGUAACUCGCAAACUGCAGCAUGUUAAUCCUUUCCUUCCCACUACUCUGAAAGAUAAAGAACACAAAGACUGUAUCACAAACAUCAUGCCUGAAUUGUCAACAGUCAGAGCAGAGUUGCUUGGGUUCCUGACACACGUAUUACUGGGGGACAGUCUGGCUGCUGAAUAUCUCCUUCUGCACUUCAUAUCCACAGUAUAUUCCCGGCGCGACAUUCUUCCACUGGGUAAAUUCACAGUAAACCUGAGUGGCUGCCCAAGGAAUAACACUUACACAAAGUACCUCCAUAGGACCGUUCAACAGCUGGUUCCAUCAUCCUAUUGUCUACCCAUGACUCUUAACAACAUGAAUACUCUACGGUUCAUCCCGCACAAAGACUACACUGCAAAUCGCCUUGUUACUGGAGUAUUGCAGCUGGCCAGUAACACUUCUCUCUUGUUAGACGAGACGUUAUUGGAACAAGGACAGCUGGAUGCUACAGGUGUCCGAAAUGUGACAGCGCUUGGUAAUUUGAUUACCUGGCAGAAGGUGGACUAUGACUUCAACUACCACCAGAUGGAAUUCCCUUGCAAUAUUAAUGUACUCAUCACUUCUGAAGGAAGAUCUCUCUUACCGUCUGACUGCCAAGUCCACCUACAGCCUCAGAUGAUUCCUGCUAAUGUAGAAGAGUAUAUGGCUAAUUUACAAACAGCUGUAGUGCCUUCCAUGCUAAAGAAAUUUCGCAUAUAUGUGAGCUUACUGAGACUAAUGGACUACAGCAUAUCUGAUGAAGUGACCAAGGCAGUGGAAGAAGAUUUUGUGGAGAUGAGAAAGAGUGAUCCUCGAAGCAUAACUGCAGAAGAUCUCCAUCAGUUGCUUGUUGUAGCAAGAUUGGUGUCUCUGAGUGCUGGCCACACAACCUUAUCACGAGAGAGGUGGCAGCGGGCAAAGCAAUUGGAGGUUCUUCGCAAAAGCAGGAUACAGCAACAAACCCAUGUAAAUGGCAACGAACCUUAAUGAUGGACUGUCUUUAAAACUCAAGAAUUUAUUGAACUUGUGUGUCAGUGGGCUUUAUGUAAAUUUGAAGAGCUAACAUUCCUUCUCAGCCCACCUGCCAAAUCUAUCAUCAGGUUGAGGAAAAACAAUUUUUUUCCUUCUUUGUAGAUCAUUUGUAUCAAAUUUUCUUACAGAAAUUUCUUAAAUCUGAAUUCUGACUACUUUAUUUCUAACGUCUGUGUUGCUUGUACUGCAUUUUAGUUAAAUACAUCCAUUUGUGAAAAUACUUCUACAUUCCUCUAUUACCACAAUUUCUCAAAUACAAGCUAUUUUUGUAAUUUUGUAAACUGCAUUUGCAUAACAUUGUACUUGUUUAAAAAUGGCCUUUUUAAAAAAAAAGUGAAAUAUGAAGAAUUCAACAGCUGUUACAUUCUUUGUUUCUUUUUGAAACUCUUCGUCUCAUUGUGGGUUUAGAAUGAACUUCUAGUGGUGUCUACACAUCCAGAUCUAAUCUUGUAUACUGACAUUGGAACUAGCAGUGAAUCAGUUUGUUUACAUGUCAUAGUUUUAAGUGUGGACAACUUUGUUUAAUCAAAGAUGGGUUAACUUCUAAUAUUGAAGCGGUCUCUUUGAUAUUGCUGCUCAGACUUACUGGCUAUUUAAAUUAUGUACAAGCUGCCUUCAAACCAUAACUGCAUUUUUUUUGCAUCUAUUUGAAAAUUCACUUUUUAAAAUUUUGUAAAGUUAUCUGCCAGUGAUUAUACUAUUGUAAGUCAAAUGUGCAAUUUGGCACAUCUGAUGAAGUGGGAUAGAAUUCCUGAUGGGGCAGAUGGGCUGUGGAAAGAGUGGGCAUGAUGGGCUGAAAUGGCCUUUCCUUUGUCCAUGCUUUUACCUUAUUCAGUUAUGUAGAAUAUGUGCAUCUGGUAACAAGUGAACAGUUACUUUAGUAGUUUGUAGACUUGUAUAAAAAUAAGCUGAGUUGUAUAAUUUGGUUCAAAUGAGGCCUGUCGGAGCAAAGCUUUGGAGCAGCUUUAAACAUCUCAACCCUGUAAUUCAGUUAGUCUUAUAAACACACUUGGUUUUCACUUUUAAGCUGAGUAGGUGGAUUAUGGGACUACGGCAGUGCUUUAUCAGACAAGCAGAUCAGUUGAUCAAUUCCAAAGUAUAAUUUUCCCCCACCUGCCUGUAGUUACUGGUUUAUGUGCUAAAUCAGGCCCACCUGUACCUGAGCAAAACACUCUCGGGGAACCUUAAGCACUCUGUAUUACUUGCUUAUCGGAUGGCUGGUUAAACUUUAAAAAAAAUAUUGCAGCAUGCCAAUUGUCAGGAAUUCAGGUUAAGGAGGAUGUUACAGGACUGUGAAACCUUUCUCCAUUUUGUCCACCCAGUGGCAGCAUUGAGCACACCCUGAUUUGAAACGAAAUUUCCUUGUACUUUGUCCCGACGUUGUUGCUUAAGUAGUUCCUAUUCACCAAUGCAAGAUUGCAUAUUUGGAGCAGUCUUUAGUAGUGUGGUCCUCUUGAACUAGGAACUGGAUGAAGACUGCCCAAACUUUUGUAAUAUCUGGACUUUACAGCUCACGGGGAAGGCAAGCUAAUCAAUCACUGCUGGUUUCAUACAUGGGUUCAAAAAGAACAAUUUUGCCUUCUUAUCAAACUGAAGUACUUACCAACCCCUAAAGCUGUCCUAUAUUUCAUGUGCUUACUUUAGAACAGACUGGCACUAAAUUUCAAUAUUUAUAAAUAUGGAGAUUUUCCAGCUCGUGGCAGAAGAAUUCCCAAGAAUGGAAUUUUUAACUUUACAAUUUUGCAUUCCUGUAGAUGAAAUAUGUUGGUUUUGGGAAAUGGAAGCCUUAUUUGAAAACUGAGUUUUGGCAUUAAGUACUGUCAGCUAUAGUGCAGUUAGAUAUAGAGCUCAGCCACCUCCUCUGCCCCAACAAUAUCCCUUAAGCCUUCCCAAACUACUCCUACUCCCCUUUGUGAUGUACUUAAGCUAACCAUACUACAGUAAUGCCUUCCUGGCCCUUUUAAAUAACAUGUCUUUUGUUAAAUAGUAAGUGAACUCAAAUUUCAUCGAGCGAUGGAAAAACCAUGUCUUAAUUCCAAGGUGUGCAAAACAGAUUUAGAAAGACAUGAUCUUUUAAUUGAAGUUUAAACAAAGCCUUAAGCCUUACAGCCACCAAAUGGCAGAGUUUUGGGGGUAAAGGCGAUGCACAUUGAGGAUUUUUCCUAACUUUGAAAGUGUUUUAAAAUUGAAUCAUUUGGAGUUUGAGUAGAUUUGUAAUGACUUGGCCCCAUGAGUUCAUGAAUGCACUCGAUCUGCUUUGCCUCGAUUCUUUUGACCCUAGGUUUUCAUUUAACAAACUAAUAUGGGUGAAUAAAAUUAGUCUUUGUUUCCUCUUCAAACAUACUGACUUUUGGAUUUGGUUGGUUUGGAGGUUAGAUCACUUCAGUUAAUGGCUGAUUAUUUCAUAAUCAGAGUUGGUAUAGAAACUAAUGGCCUUUUGCAUUAUAACUCUGAGAUUAGUUGGGCUGUCUUUGCAGAGUGACUUAAGAGAAACGCACUGUGCUGCCACUGAAAUUUUACUGCUACUCUUACAUAAAAUUCUUUGCCAUAUUAAAAUUUUGGUAGUUCUAGGUUUCUCUUGAAAAUAAAUUAUAAUUUAAAGGGUGGAUGAAUCUAAAUUUUCAAAAAAGAAUUGUGUGAGGUAAGUGAUCUUUCCAUGUGAUCUUUGAAGAUUUCUGUAUAAUCAUAUCAGGGAUAUUUACUGUAAAUUGGUUUGUUUUCUUAAACAAAUUAAAAGCUACUUUUUUAAA